AUUAUUGCAUAAACUCUGGAACUUUUUUACCUUCCGCUCGGGAGAUUUUUUACCUUCGGACCCACCGGACGCCUUUAAUUUGAAUCCAACUUGUGAUUCUUUACCUUCCGCGUUUCGCUCUGUUUCCGUUUUCGAAAAUUAUAUUUUUUAUGGUUUUUUGUCGAUUUCCAAUUUGUCGCUUCACCGCCCUUUUGUAUAUCGAAUCCAGGACAAAACUGGGAGACCGACUUCUCCUGAUCUUGUUCUCUCUCUCUCUCUCUUGAUAUCCACUCUGCAUCUUAAUAUCUUAGUUAAUUGAUUGACCUCGGCGGGCGGUGGGUGGGUGGACAGACCCUAACGACAAAGAUCAUUCUUAAGGGUUUCCGCCAUUCGUUUGUUCUUCCGGAUUUUGUGAAUUGUAGACGGUUUUUUAAUCGAUUGCAGGUUCUGGUUGUGCAUCUGGUGAAUGGCAAACGGGAAUUCCUACUUUGACGAAUUGCGAAAUAAGCCUGAGAUGAUCGAUCCUCCUCAAAAUGAAGAUACACUUGAUGUUAGUGAACAUGUCAGUGACCCUGCUCAAAGUGUUGUAAAGCCUAACACAACUGUCACGAGUAGUGUUCGCGACCUACUGGAAUGUCCCGUAUGCUUGAAUGCAAUGUACCCUCCCAUUCACCAGUGUUCCAACGGUCAUACAUUGUGUUCGGGUUGCAAGCCUCGGGUGCACAACCGCUGUCCAACUUGCCGGCACGAACUCGGAAACAUCAGAUGCCUUGCAUUAGAAAAGAUCGCAGCAUCCCUCGAGCUUCCAUGUAAAUACCAGAGCUUCGGGUGCUCCGGAAUCUUCCCGUACUACAGCAAGCUCAAACAUGAAUCGCAAUGCUCCUUCAGACCCUACACCUGCCCCUACGCCGGAUCCGAGUGCUCGGUCACCGGCGACAUCGCUUUUCUCGUCAACCACCUGAAAGAAGACCACAAAGUCGACAUGCACAACGGGAGCACUUUCAACCACCGCUACGUCAAAUCCAAUCCCCACGAGGUCGAGAACGCUACUUGGAUGCUCACGGUUUUCAGUUGUUUCGGGCAGUAUUUCUGUCUCCACUUCGAAGCGUUCCAACUAGGGAUGGCGCCCGUCUACAUAGCAUUUCUUCGGUUCAUGGGAGACGACAACGAAGCGAAGAACUACAGCUACAGCCUGGAGGUCGGAGGGAGCGGUCGAAAGAUGAUCUGGCAAGGCGUGCCGAGAAGUAUAAGAGACAGCCAUAGAAAGGUAAGGGACAGCUUCGAUGGCCUCAUCAUCCAACGCAACAUGGCCCUCUUCUUCUCCGGUGGCGACAGGAAGGAGCUGAAGCUUCGGGUCACUGGAAGGAUCUGGAAGGAGCAGUAGCCUCCCGCCCCGCCGCCCAUCGGGACCGUCGUCGACUUUUUGGAUGUAGUAAUAAGCAUAAAUAUAUAUAUAUAUAUAUAUAUACAAAAAUGGUGCAGUGAGGUUAGGAAUGAACGGUGCUAUGAAAGCUUAGGAAGCAAAACACUCUUUUGCUGCUCUACGCUGUUAUGCUUCGGAUUCAGAUUCGGAUUUGGAUCAGCAGUCAAGUGUUUUGUUGGUAACUGACUUGAAAUGAAAAUUUCCUCUUUCAUUUCUUUA